GGUGUCAUGUUACAGUUACGCUUAAGCUUGUAUUUAUUUCAGGAUUUUAGAUGGCAGAGCAAAGAUAAAAUCUCGUAUACGUACAGCGUACAGCGAGAUAUAAUCGUUCAUAUUUUUAUAGAGGCGAAUGAAGGAUUGGUAAAUAUGUGAUAUUAGAUUUCGGAUAGAUUAUAUCUCUCCUAAUAAAGUGUGUAAUAAGGCAAGCUUGAUGUCAACUUCUCAGGUUAUCCCAUCUCUCGCUUAGUGCUUUGCAUUCAGUGCGAGGCGGAAUUUGCAUGCUGAUAGAAAAAGGAAAUGAAUCGUCAAUUUUUCACGUCAUCUAAUAUUAAUUAUUAAAGAGAUAUGCUAUAGGCAUUCAUUCAUUGUUUAUAAAGGCAGGGUAAGUAAUUGUUGGUGAGAUCAUUUGCAGUAAUAAUGUAUUAUGAAUUGUGUGUAGCGCGUGUUGCUUCCACUCUGUUAGGUGGGCUGCAGUUGCUAUCUAAAAUUUGGAUUCCCUCAUUGAAGCACAUACCAGAAAGCUGUGGAACGACACGUGGUUGCGACACGCUAUCUCCAUUAUAGGUCAGAAAGUGGGUUUGAGUGAGACAAGGUCUUGGAUAAACAAGGAUGAUGUAUCUUGUGAUAUGUUGUUCACUGCAACGUUUAUUGCUACGUUUGUGCAUCUCUUCUCUCCUCUCUCCAUGUGUUCUGUUGUAUUUUCUUUGUUGUAUGAGUCUUGGUUUCCUGCAUUAAUGCUUAUGCUGAGUAAAGGAGAAAUCCGUGAAUACAUAGAGGCGGGACCAACUUUGUUCAAAAAAUGAAGAGUAGAUUAUAGGGCUCACGAGAGAAUUUCAUUCAGGGCGUUGGUGCCAUGGGUGGUCCGUCGGUUACUGCAGUUUCAAGGCUGAAGAAGGACUAUGCAAAGUUGAUGAAGGACCCGGUACCCUUUGUCAUGGCAGCUCCCCUUCAUUCCAAUAUUCUGGAAUGGCAUUAUGUGAUAAAAGGGGCACCGCAGACACCGUAUGAAGGUGGAUUCUAUCACGGCAAACUUAUUUUCCCGCCCGACUUCCCAUUCAAGCCGCCGUCAAUAUUUAUGUUAACGCCUUCUGGACGUUUCCAAACAAAUACAAGACUGUGUCUUUCGAUCUCUGAUUUCCACCCAGAUACUUGGAAUCCUGCUUGGACGGUUUCAACUAUCAUAACGGGUUUGCUUUCCUUUAUGAAUGAUACAGCUCCAACUCUAGGCAGUAUAACAUCAAGCGAUGCAGAGAAGCGUGUUCUUGCUAGGAAGUCCAGGGAAUUCAACCUGAAGGACCGAGUCUUUUGCGAAUUGUUUAGUGAUUUGGCUGAGCAAAUACGAGAAGAGUUGGCCGAGGAACGAAAUAAACUAUUAUCGGAAGAAAACGCAAUGGAUGAAACUGCGUCACAGAGAAGGUCUGGUGAAGAGGGCGAGUACGCUACCUUGACGUAUAAUCUUGUGGUGCUUGCAGGCGUGGUGUUAAUUGCGUUUGCAGUUAGAUUUGUCAUAUUAUCUGCUCAAGAGGAGAACUGAUUUCGUGUUUGUCAUUGGAAACUGAUGUUUUAUAAUACGUAAAUAUUUUAAUUUCUCAUCAAUUUAGAUGUAGAAAUUUAUGAUUAUAUUCAAAAGCAACACAUCUUAUCAUUUGUGAAAAGCGGGAGGCAAGUAGAGAGAAGAGAAGCAAGUAGAUUUUUCCAUUUUAUUGCCUUCUUUUUCUUUUUUUUCACAGUAUCAGAAUUUUCCAUCAGAUCCGCUGUUGUUUAGUUAUUUGGUUCCUACAAGUCUUUUGGUAGUCUUUUUUUUAGAACUAACGAGUGCUGUGCGCAUUUUUGAUACUGAUGUGGUACCAACAUUUUUUUUGUCUAGACCUACUUCUAGCGACUUUUGAUACUUUUUUCGACAUCCUUUUGUUCAAAACUGUCUUUUCCGCCUUGGUUUUUAUCAUUCUUCAAGUUCCUUAUCCCUUUAAAAAGAAUCCAUUACUUUGCUAUUGUCGG